AUGGCGCCCUCCAAGCGCAAGGCCACCGCGCCGCCCCAAACCUCACGCAUCAACGGCGACCCAAAAACCGACAAGAAGCGCAAAACCACCACCGAUGCCCCUCUUCCCACCAACCCCAACGCCUCCCUGGAUCCCCUCAAGACACCACAUCCCUUCUACAAAGACUCCGAAACCCACGGCAUCGUCCUCCGCAAGUUUUACCCUUCGGAAAUGUCCAACGCGCGAGCCCAAGCCUACAACAACAAUGAGCUGCCCCGGCCCAUCGAAACCCUCUACGCCGCACUAGCCGAGACCGCUGCCCUGCGCAAGUCCUUACCAGUCCGCCAAGCGGUAGUCCACUGGUUCAAGAUGGAUCUCCGACUACAUGACAACCGCUCUCUCUGGCUAGCCAGUCAGAAAGCUCAAGAAGCGGGUGUGCCGCUGAUCUGUCUUUACGUUUUGAGUCCGGAAGAUCUGGAGGCGCAUUUGAGGGCUCCCAUACGGGUGGAUUUCAUGCUGAGAACGUUGGAGAUCUUAAAGAGGGACUUGGAGGCGUUGGGCAUUCCGUUGUGGAUUGAGACCUAUGAAGUUGAUGAGCUCAGGAGGGAGGCUAGGCUUGUCAAGAUUUUCGCAGAGGGUGACGAAAAGAUGGUAGCGGAAGUAGUGCACGACACCUGCGUCGUCAUGCCCGGCGCCCUGAAAAGUGGCAGCGGAGGCCAAUACGCCGUCUACAGCCCUUGGUAUCGAGCAUGGAUCAAGCACGUGGAGGAAAACCCUGACUGCUUGGAAAUCUACGAGAAGCCUUUACCAAACCCACCCUCUACAAAAUCCAAGUACGCGCACCUCUUCACCUGUCCCAUCCCCCCAGCUCCCGAGAACAAAAAUCUACCAGACAACGACGAAACCAAAGCCCGCUACCGCGCCCUCUGGCCAGCAGGAGAGCACGAAGCGCUCAAACGAUUACACAAAUUCUGCGACGAGAAUAUCGGCAAGUACGCCGAGCGGCGCGACAUUCCUUCUGUGGAAGGCGGGACGAGUAAAUUGUCGGUGCACUUUGCUUCGGGAACGCUGAGUGCCAGGACGGCGAUACGCGCGGCGAGGGAUAGGAAUAAUACGAAGAGGCUGAAUGGGGGGAAUGAGGGCAUUCAGAGGUGGAUUAGCGAGGUGGCGUGGAGGGAGUUUUAUAGGCAUGUUUUGGUGGGGUGGCCUUAUGUUUGUAUGAACAAACCCUUCAAACCCCUCUACUCCAACAUCACCUGGUCCUACAACCCCACGCACUUCCACGCUUGGACUUCGGGACAGACAGGCUACCCGAUAAUCGACGCCGCCAUGCGCCAAGUCCUAUCAACAGGCUUCAUGCCCAACCGGCUGCGCAUGAUCGUCGCCAGCUUCCUUGCAAAGGACUUGUUAAUAGACUGGCGCAUGGGCGAGCGGUAUUUCAUGGAACAUUUGAUUGAUGGCGACUUUGCUUCGAAUAAUGGCGGGUGGGGGUUCGCGGCUAGUGUGGGGGUUGAUCCGCAGCCGUAUUUUAGGGUGUUUAAUCCGCUUUUGCAGAGUGAGAAGUUUGAUGAGGGGGGGGAGUAUAUUAGGCGGUGGGUGGAGGAACUUAGGGAUUUGGAAGGAGGGAAACUUGGGGGGAAGGGAGGGUGGAUUCAUGAUCCUUAUGGACGGGAGGGGAGGAAAUAA